GGGACGCUUUUCCGUACUGGCAGAGGGAGAAAGGUCGUCGUCGUGCACACCAGGAACCGAGCCCUGGAGCUCCUCGAACAGCAUCACGGACACCAAGGAAUCUUUCAAACGAGAACCGUGCUGACCGCCCGAUACUAUUGGCCUGGGAUGACGAAGGACAUCGUCCAGUGGGUGGAGCGAUGUGUGAAGCGCCAGAAGGGGAGAAAAGCUGCAACUCUGCACACCCCCGUGCAAAGCACAACGGACGCCCCCGUGCAAAGCACAACGGACACCCCCGUGCAAAGCAGAAAGACCGACGCCAUGACGUCCCGCCUGGAUCUCUCCCACCUCCUCCCGCCCCCCCGCUUGCGCCAGCUGGUCCGGGACUGGCUCCAAGAGGAUGCCCCGGCCUUCGACCCCGCCGGCUGUGCGGUGGGGGAAGGCCCGGAGCGCGCUGUCCUCCUCUGCAAGUCUCCCGGGGUGUUGGCUGGCUGCCCCUUCUUUGACGCCGUCUUUACCGAGCUGGGCUGCACCGUGGAGUGGUUCCAGCCCGAGGGGGCCUGGCUGGAGCCUGUGGCCCGCGUGGCCGAAGUCCGCGGCAAAGCCCGCCACCUGUUGCUCGGGGAGAGGACUGCUCUGAAUUGCCUGGGACGGUGCAGCGGGGUGGCCACGGCCACGGGACGGGCCUGCCGGCUGGCACAGGAAGCCGGCUGGCACGGGCAAGUGGCCGGGACGAGGAAGACCACGCCGGGUUUCAGGCUGGCCGAGAAGUACGCCCUGCUGGUGGGGGGAGCUUCGGGCCACCGCUACGACUUGGGCAGUCUCAUCAUGCUGAAGGAUAACCACGUCUGGGCUGCGGGAGGAAUUGCCCAGGCCAUCCAGGAAGCCCAGCGGGUGGCUGGCUUUCAUCUGAAGCUGGAGGUGGAGUGUCGUUCGCUGGUAGAGGCACUGGAAGCCGCAGAGGCCGGAUCUGACAUCAUCAUGCUAGAUAACUUCUCCCCGGAGGAUUUGCAUCCAGCCGCCAGUGUGCUGAAAGCCGCCCACCCCCGGGUAAUGGUGGAAGCCAGCGGGGGGAUCUCGGAGGAGAAUAUCUCCCAAUUCUUCGGCCGUGUAUAGACGUCCUUUCUCUGGGAUGCCUCACCCAGUCGUCCCAAGCCGUGGAUUUUUCCCUCAAAAUCUGUCGGGAGACACCAGUCCAGAGAGAUUUUGCCUUCUAAGACCAUAAGCCCCAAUUUUCAGGGAAGAAUGUGAGAUUUUAGCUCAGUGAAAUCAAAGGUCAGGGAGUUUCACAGAUUAACAGAUAAAAAUUUUUAGUUUCUUCCAUGUAUAGUAUGCUGUUUUGAUUUUCUCACUUUGAAUCUUUCCUAAGAACCAUCAGACACUUCAUUUCCUAACCUGGGAUUGAAAUUUUAAGCUCUGUAAACUCAUGUGGUGGGGAGUUCCACUGGCUACUGGUUAAAAUCAUCUUCCUUCUAAAAUGUGAUACCUUAAUUUGCCCAAUAUAAUUCUGUCCUAAGAUGUAUCACAUGCUAAAUUUUCUAAGCCAUGUGUGAAAUUUUAACUCAAAAUUGUGUGUCAGGAAGUUGCAGAGGUUAAUUGAUACAAUUAUUUCAUAUGUUCCCUCUAA